AUGACAAGCUCCCACACCCAUUUGGACCCGCCGAUCGACAAGCGUGAUUUUGAUGCACAUCGACCACUGCUUCAUGCUAGAGUCACCGAGGGACACACUGGCCACUUGACGCCGUAUCCGCGGUCAGUGCCAGAGUCGGGUUCGGGAGCUAGCUCUGGCGGAAACAGCGAUGAUGGACUGCUCAACGAUGUGGUGGAGGGUAUUGUUGAGCGUGAUCGUCAGAAGAUACACAAGGAGGCGAUCCGGGUGAUGAGCUUUGCCUGGGGUGUAAUCACUUGUCUUGGUGCUGGCAGCAUCACUGCAUUCUCCUUGUACGGCCACCUGCUGCUGACUCGGCUUCACUACACUCAAUUACAAGUCAAUACGGUGUCCAUUGCUGCCGAAAUAGCGAUGUAUCUCCUGGUACCGUUGUUCGGGUACCUGUGUGAUCGAUACAGCCCAUCGCCCUUAUCUCUGGGCUCGGCGAUAAUGUUCGGAGUGGGAUAUAUGCUCGCUGCGUUCACAUACAAAAGUGGACCGCCCACAGAUGUCGGCGGGACCGGAUGGCCGUUUUGGGUGAUGAUCGUGGCCUUCAUCCUCGUGGGCAUGGGAACAAGCUGCAUGUAUUUGUCUGCAGUGGCGACGUGCGCGAAGAACUAUGGCCGGGGCAAGCACAAGGGCAUUAUGCUUGCCGUACCUAUUGCGGCGUUCGGUCUGAGUGGCAUGUGGCAAAGCCAAUUGGGAACUUAUCUGCUGUGUGAGUGGAAUCUCGAUGGUAGUCGGGGUGAUGUGGAUGUUUUUAAAUACUUCUUUUUCCUGGCACUGCUACUGCUAAUGAUUGGACUUGUCGGUACCUUUGCCCUGCGCAUAGUGGACGACGAGGAAGAUAAAUUUAUCGACGAGACGGUUGAAGAAUUGGAGCGCAGUGGAUUGCUCGAAGAGAGCGAAUUCUUCCGUCCACGCAGUGAUAUUACAAAUGUAAUGGAAUAUGGUACUUUCGGUCCGGACGACGAUGAAGAGUCACCGACAAUCUCGGGCGAGGAGCGCGAACAGCGGAGACUGGAGAAGGAGCGCCAGGAAGAGGAGCGACGGAAGAAGAAUUGGCUGCUCAACUACGAAACGCGAGUCUUCCUUCAGGAUCCUACGAUGUGGUGGCUGGCUGCGGGCUUCUUCCUGGUUACUGGACCGGGGGAGUCCUACAUCAAUAAUCUUGGCACCAUCAUCCCAACUCUUACCCCUCGGUUUCACUCUCCUCUCGCUCCGCCACCGGCUGGACUCCCAUCAACUCAUGUCACCACAGUUGCAUUGACUUCGACCGUCGCCCGACUCCUUACAGGCUCUCUUUCAGACUUCUUUGCACCUCCAGCGACCCAUCUUUUUCCACCCAUCCCUGAGGACAGCAGACAACGCCUCAGUGCAUCUCAAACAGGCGGCUUCACACUCUCCAGAAUGGCCUUCCUCGUUCCGUCCGCCAUACUUCUUUCCCUUGGCUUCCUUCUUCUAUCAUCACCUCUCCCAAUAGAACACCCUGAGAUCUUCCACCUCACCACCGCCCUAGUAGGCUUCGGCUAUGGCAGCGCAUUUUCUUUAACACCAAUCCUCAUCUCGGUUGUAUGGGGUGUGGAAAAUUUUGCCACAAACUGGGGAAUAGUCGCCAUGAUGCCUGCUCUUGGCGCUGCACUCUGGGGCGUGGUUUACUCCCGAGCUUACCAAAAUGCAUUGGAUGCGAUUGAUUCGCCGGAUGGGCAGUGCUAUGGUUGGCAGUGCUAUGGCUACUGGGCUGUUGGCUGCACUGUUAGUGUUUGGGUGGCUGUCGUGGUUUGGUUGGCUGCCUGGAGAGGAUGGAAGAAACGUGGUAUUGUCGUAUAG